AUGUCUAUCGGUGAGCCCAUCGUGGUUGGUCGUGAAGUUGCGCCUCCUCUAUGGGCUUGCAACUUCUGGGAGCUCAUCGGGCGGAAGAAGGCAUUGGACGUAAGGGAAGGUACGUGGCUCCGGCUUGCUAUACUCCGUGUGCGGCCAUCGCCCCUCACACUGGAAAGGGACGUCCGCUUCCAUGACGCGACUGAGUCCCUGACGUUUGGUGACGUCGCUACUGACCCGGAAACAACUGAUCCCGCCGCUGUCACUGCUGUUCCGGGUCGCGAUGUUCCUUUACCCAUCGCAGAUGUGCGGCCCUGGGCAUCGAUUUCACUUCGGUCGUCACUCAUCCUUGAGGACAAGGCGCUGGGUGCUUCAGACCUGUUGGAAGGCGGGACGGGGAACCCCCCACCGUCGUUGCCGGUGGGCGAUGUUGACGGGGACAUGGCGGAAGACUUUGAGAGUAGUGGUGGUGUCUGGUCGUCUAUGACAUAG